AGGGCAGGUGCUGAUUUCAGCCCUGUAGCGUCAGGAUUGCGUCAAUUCGGGUUUCUGCCACGUCUGGAGUCUCGGAGACAAGCUUUUCAGAAGAGCCCAAACAGGAACAGGGCAGGGUUGCACAUUGCUGAUAGCAAGCGCGGACCUUCCUCCAGCCCCUCCCGCUGCCGGUGCCGGUCCCCGGAUCGGCUGUGUUUCCCCGGGAAGCCUUGUUCCAGGGUCCUUCCAGGUGAAUCUGCCUGGAGUUGCUUCAGCACCUCGGACAGAGCACGCAGAAAACAUGGCUCCUAUCACGACCAGCCGCGUGGAAUUCGAUGAAAUUCCCACAGUAGUGGGGAUCUUCAGUGCAUUUGGCCUUGUCUUCACUGUUUCUCUCUUUGCUUGGAUCUGCUGCCAGAGAAGAUCAUCUAAGUCCAACAAGACUCCUCCAUACAAGUUUGUGCAUGUGCUGAAAGGAGUUGAUAUCUACCCUGAAAACCUAAGCAGCAAAAAGAAAUUCGGAGGAGAUGACAAAAAUGAAGUUAAGAAUAAACCAGCUGUGCCAAAAAUGUCAUUGCAUCUUGAUCUGGAGAAGCGAGAUCUCAAUGGCAAUUUCCCCAAAACCAACCUCAAAGCUGGCAGCCCUUCUGAUCUAGAGAACGUGACCCCAAAGCUCUUUACAGAGAGAGAAAAGGAGGCCAUUUCCCCCGAGAGCUUGAAGUCUAGUACUUCCCUCACUUCGGAAGAGAAGCAGGAAAAGCUGGGGACACUCUGCUUGUCCCUAGAGUACAACUUUGAGAAGAAAGCAUUUGUGGUGAACAUCAAGGAAGCCCAGGGCUUACCAGCCAUGGAUGAGCAAUCCAUGACCUCUGACCCAUACAUCAAAAUGACCAUCCUACCAGAGAAGAAGCAUAAAGUGAAAACCAGAGUGCUGAGGAAGACACUGGACCCUGUUUUUGACGAAACCUUCACGUUCUAUGGUAUUCCUUAUCCCCACAUCCAAGAGUUGUCCUUGCACCUCACAGUUCUGAGUUUUGACAGGUUUUCAAGAGAUGAUAUCAUUGGAGAAGUCCUGAUUCCUCUUUCGGGGAUCGAAUUAUCGGAUGGAAAAAUGUUAAUGAAUAGAGAGAUCAUCAAGAGAAAUGCUAAGAAGUCUUCCGGACGGGGUGAACUUCUGGUCUCUCUCUGUUAUCAGUCCACUACAAACACGCUCACUGUGGUUGUCUUAAAGGCACGGCACCUGCCGAAGUCUGAUGUGUCUGGGCUUUCAGAUCCCUACGUCAAAGUGAACCUGUACCACGCCAAGAAGAGAAUCUCUAAAAAGAAGACUCACGUUAAAAAAUGCACUCCCAAUGCAGUGUUCAAUGAACUGUUUGUCUUUGAUAUUCCUUGUGAGAGUCUUGAAGAAAUAAGCGUUGAAUUUUUAGUUUUGGAUUCUGAAAGGGGGUCCCGAAAUGAGGUGAUUGGGCGGUUGGUCCUGGGUGCCACAGCAGAAGGAAGCGGUGGGGGGCACUGGAAGGAGAUCUGUGACUUUCCCAGGAGACAAAUUGCUAAGUGGCAUGUGCUCUGUGAUGGGUAGUUUCCUGGCCAUGAGUUGGAGCUUAAAGAUUUUUACUAGGCAAGAAGCAAUUUUCUUUCUUAUACAAGAUUAUAAGCUUGUGGCACAGCAAGCUAGUUUUAUUUAUUUAUUUAUUUAUUUAUUUAUUUAUUUAUUCAUUUAUUUAUUUAUUAUCUAUCUAUCUAUCUAUCUAUCUAUCUAUCUAUCUAUCUAUCUAUCUAUCUAUCUAUCUAUUUAUUUUGGUUAGAAGUGGAUUAAAUUAGUAGACCAGAAAACAGUUGUAAAUGUGUAUCUUGAUAAUUUUCUCCUUUAUUAGAGGUGUUGGCUAAAUUUUCGUAAGAUGCUCAGUUUCCCUCUGUGUGGUCUUAAGUGGGCCAACCAAGCCUGUUAUGAGUGAGCACUCUAGCUUAAUCUCAAGUCACAGGUAGGUGUGCAUUGUAGAUGAUGACGUCACUUUUGCCUUGGUAGCAGAAGUCCAUGUGAUUGGUAAGAGUUCAAAAUGAAAACCACACCUUUUUGUAUGAAUAUUAACCCAUGUUUCUUCAGGUUGGGGAGAUAAGGUUUUAUUUAAAUCCAAAGAUAUUUCAGAAAUGUCCUCAAGUCUGUUUCUUAGUUCAAUAUGUCAUGUACAAAUGGUUGUCCUAUAUAUCAAAGAUAUGCUGUCAUUUCCAUUUGGUUUGUAAUUAUUUGAUACAAUCUCAUCAUAAAAGGGGUAACUUGGGUUCAUUUCACAAAGACAGCAAACAAGUUGAGAUACUAAUUUAUUAAAGGGCUGAAUUGAAGAACACUGUGGUUGCGAUGAGAUUUUUUUGUUCCCUAAGAUCACAUGUGAGUCAUGUAAAAUGUAACUUCACAUAAGAACUAUGGUCUUGAAUUAUUCACUGCCCAUUAGAAGCCUCAGUGUGGCCGAAGAUACUCCUAUUUACCUUUGUGAAAUUGUCAGAUUAUCUAGUGGAAAAAAAAUAAACUUAAGCUAGAAAUUCAGUUAGGAAUACAUUUUUUUUAAAUAAAAAUCUAUCAGUGUACAGGUGUAUUUUCAAGGCUGUCUUUCCCCCUCAGAGAGGGCAUGGCUACCUAAGUUUUUAGCUUAUUCUUUCCUAGGAAGACCUAAGCUACUUUAAGAGAAACAAAAGAAAACAUGUGUUAAAUUCUGUAUGUUGUCAGGUUGAAAUCAACCACAUUAAGUAAAAAGACUAAGACAAAAGACGAAUAAGCCUAUCAGAAUUUACAAAUAUUCACAAAAUACACUUAAGCUGUAAAAUUAGCACAGACAUGUGUGUUCUGCACUAUCUUUGGAGGCCGACUUGUCUUGAGCUGUUAUUUUUAAGAUAGUUUAAAGAAUCGUGUCUUGUGCCACUCCCAGUUGCUAAGCUCUGAAAUUCUUGCACAACUUGUUGGAGGCAAGCAGAGCUCUGGAAUUUUCUGGGAAGACUUAACUCGAUGGUGAUGUCUUUAUAUUUGAGUUGUUAGAGAAUCAUGAGUGUGACUUAGGUCCAGCUGAAUUAUUAAAUAUGUAAGUUAGAGAUGAUGUCUCCUGAAAAACUUUACCCUUUGAGUCCAGUUUUGUGGCAGUACUUUAGACAUUGUUGAGAAUGUGUUUGAUAUCACAGUGUUUGUAAAUUCAAUGAAGAUGUAUUUCUGAACUACUUGUCUGUGCUUUUUACGAUGACAACAAAUGUCCAGCUUCCUGUAAGGAAGUAUCUUUCAUUCUGUAUGUACAAAAAACUGAAAUGACCUCUUUCAUGCUUUUCCCAUACUCACUGUCAUCCAGUGACAAUGCCAUCUCACAUCCCUGUCUACUCAGCAGUCUGUGAAGACAACACGGAAUGAACUGCCAUCAUGUGAAGUUUGGGGAGGCCAGAAGGCCUUUGUAUGUAUGGACGUUUGAUGUCAUAGGCCAUGGAACGCAGUAUAGCUUGGAGCUCUAAUGUCAUGAGGCAUCCUUUCCAAGUCUCUACAGAGCGGCAAGAAGUUGAUGGUGAUCCAGUUUAUAGGAUGUUUACUGGAAAAGAUUUUUUUUUUUUAAAUAGAAAACAAGUCUGACAACAGAUGCUUUUAAAAUAACGUUAAAAUGUUUGUAAAUAGUUUUUUAGUUUCACAAUUUCAAGUGUUUUGAAGGUGAUAAGUUGAUUAAAACUAUUUAUAACUGGUUUUAAGGAAAAGGAGAAAAGCAAGAAAAGAGUUGAAACAGGCAGGGAGUUAAGUGAUCUCAUCGUUUCUGAAAAUUGUACUGUUUAUAACGUAUUACAAUAUCAAUGUGAAUAUCCAACUCUGCUAAAAUUCCUGCACUGUAUUAAACAUGUAAAUUAAUUUACUGUCUGCUUAGCCAGGCAAACCACCCAAAUAGGGAGGUUGCCGUGUCUGAAGAACUGUGUGAUUCAGUAACUGACUUGUUCUGACUUGUUGUAGUUCAGUAGAAGUGAUCUGGAGGAAAGCAUGGUGUAAGGGAGAUGGCGUCUGUUCUUUUGUGCCAGCACUGUAUGUCUGUAAGACAUGAAUAAACUGCUGCUUUUGCCCAAA